AUGAAAGACCAUCACUGCAAAACAUACCCCUACUUCAUCCACGCCACCCUAACCAUCCAGUCCCACACACCCCCUCCUCCGCUGGACAAAAGCGUAUUCAGCCGAGAGGAGAACCGACUCCCACGGGGCAAGUACGAUCAAUUGCCAUCACUCGCCGAGAUAUGGCCCAACUACCCACCUCUACCAGGUACAGACGGUUCCAGAUUCCUAAACAUCCAAUUAACCGAAGCGAUCCAAACUGGCCAAGGCAAAAGAUCCCAAGUCUACGCAGUCAGAUGUACCGAUUCCAACAAUCCCUUAGGAUUACCAACAAAUCACACCAUCGUUGCCAAAUUCUACGACCCAACCUACUACGAAAUUGAAUACCUCAGUGACAACCCCUUCGUAGAAGCCGACUACGAAUACUCCCACGAAAGCGCAAUUUACACCCGUUGUUCCGAAAUCCAAGGCACAUCCAUCCCUCGCUUCUUCGGCUCUUACACCUUGAGGAUAACAAGACCCGGUGAACAGACUACUCGGCUAGUGCGUCUGAUCUUGAUCGAAUACAUCAACGGCAUGCCGAUGUCUCAGUUAAUCCCGGGAACGUUUACAAGGCAGCAGCGCCAGUCAAUCCUAAGGCAGAUAGUUGACGCGGAGUCAGCACUUUACGCGAAAGAUAUUCUUCUUCGUGAUUUCCACCAACGGAAUAUAGUAAUUGAACCUAGUGAGGUGAAAGAAGGGGGAGGAGUGAGAGUCGUCAUUAUUGAUCAGGGGCUUUCGACUAUUGGAAGGACUUGGCGGCCCUGGGAUAAAGAGUAUGAGGAUCAGUGGUUUCCUGGUGUUUAUAUCAGUCCGUUGCUCAGGUGGCGUGUUUCUUAUGGCCGCCAUGAGAAAUUCGAGGACUGGAUUGAUUGGCAGUGGCAGGACUGGCUUGAGAUGGAAUGGAAGGAUACUGAGGCUGUGAUCACGGAAGCUCAGCGGCUGUUGUGGUCGCGGCGAAUACUUCCAUCGACUACGACUUCGCCUGAAAACUCUACCGUUUCACCGAAGGAAUUGUGA